UUAUUAAUAUAAAAAGCCUAAAUAUACAGUAAUUGCUCUAGAUAGUGUACAACACUACAACACUAGAGUUGUCCUGUUCUACACACAAAGGCAGUUAUCAUGUUAUAUGUUAAGUACAGUUGCAACUUUGAACCGUUCUGUUCUUUUCUACCAUUCUGUCCUGUUCUACACACCAAGGCAGUUAUCAUGUUAUAUGUUAAGUACAGUUGCAACUUUGAACCGUCCUUUUCUACACACAAAGGCAGUUAUCAUGUUGUAUAUUAAGUACUAUUGCAACUUUUAACCGUCCUGUUCUACACACCAAGGCAGUUGUCAUGUUUUGUGUUAAGUACAGCUACAACUUUGAGCCGUCCCUUUCUACACUUCAACGCGUAAAUGCUACAUACUACUUGUUCCUUGUUUAUUCUAUAUUUUUACUUUGUGGCAGUUAGUACUGAAUUCUGAUUCUGAAACCAACUUGAAAUCAAAUUUAAGAUGAAAGUGUGCUUUCUGUGACUGAUUCAGCCUGGUCCAAGCCAAUGUAGAAGUUUAGAGCCUGCCUUGCAUCGUCCUGGUCUUGUCUCUUCCCUGUUCACCUUAGGGAGUUUUGAGGAUGCAUUCUGGCGAUGCUCUUAUGAAAUGCACAUAAUAUAUGCCGUCACUUAUCAUCAAACCUUUUCGAUGCUGUGUUCGCUGUUUGUUGGAGAAAUAACUUGAGUUUGGUGUUAAAGAUUGCAAUAGCAUCUACAAGUGGGUGCCUUCGGAUGCAAUUUUGAUAAGAAUUACAAUUGGUCAGGAUAUAGCAUUAACCAGGAUCUGGUUUCUGCUUAAAUGUCAAAGUGGUUCCUGUGAGAUUGACAAAAGAGCAAUGUGCAUUGAAUUGACAAAGGUUAUUUUGCGCAAUGUGAUAACGGCUAAAAGGGAGGUAGAAAGCUAGCCACAUUUUCACAGUUCAUCUCUUAACUGGUUCCCAGUAGCUCUUCACGCGGGCUAGUUCCCAGCUCUUUGAAUCGGUAGCCUGUUUAACAAUACAGAAUUUGCAAUCAGCCACGUGAUGUUCUGCAGUCCUGGUACCAGGUGAUGUUUAUUUCUUAAGCGAUCAAAGAGAUCAAUGAUCUUAUGGCUGAAUUUUGAAUCAACAUGGCGCUUUGAUUAUAUAAUAAAUAUAACAUCGUAUAGAUGUUUGAUAAAAUGGAAGAUAAUGUCUGUCAUCGUUGCGGCAAUAUCGUAAACUCGAUAAUGAGUUCUCGCUUGACUGGAAUGAUGCUGAUGGCAUUCGCAGGACUGUUUUUAACAUUCAGCAACCUUUUCGUGCAGCUUGCUAUUGAAACAAACAAAAUACGGAUUCCGGCAUUGGAACUUACUUUUGCUCGCAGUUUCGUGCAGCUGUUGUUAAUACUGCCUUUAAUGGUUGCAUUUAAAGUGAAGCUCGUCAUAGACAAAGAGAAUAUAGGCCAAGUAAUCAUCAUGGGGACCAGUGGAUAUCUCAGUGUAGCAUUCAUAUACUUAGGAAUCGAUAAAAUUCCCCUCGGUGAUGCUACUGUUAUUACUUUUACGAGCCCAAUAUUUACGACCCUUUUCGCCUUCGCGCUGUUAUCGGAAUCUUGCUCGUGUAUCGACAGCAUUUGCGGAUUCAUUAGUUUUGCUGGAGUCGUCAUCGCAGCUCGACCGAAUUUCAUUUUCGGGGAACGUCGUAAAGCUGUAGAUAUAAUGGUUGAAGACACGAUAAUGUCAGAUGAGCGCAAAGAAGCAAUUUACAUGAUAGGAAUUGGAUAUGUACUUCUUGGAGCAGUUUUUCUGUCGCUGUAUUAUGUUCUUACGAGAAAAAUUUCCCGCCGACAACAUGUUCUCGUUAACAUAUUUUAUCCUAGUUUAUUUGGCUGUAUUUUCGUCCCUCUGAUGAUGAUACCAAAUGAUACAUUCUUGUUCCCGUCAUGCGGGAAAUCCAUUGUUUACAUCAUUUUCGUUGGAGUGACUGCAUUUGUAGGGCUGAUACUGUUAGCGUUAUCUCUAAGACUUGAAAAUGCAGGGCCCCUUGUCCUUAUAAGGAACCUUGACAUAAUCUAUGCAUUCUCACUGCAGUAUCUCUUCAUGCAUAUUGUUCCAUCGUUAUGGAGUAUCGGAGGGGGUGCGAUCAUAAUUGUGUCUACAAGCGUUCUUGCAGGACGGAGGUGGUGGGCCUCAAAAAGUGAGCAAACAAAAUUUACAGACGAAUUUGAGGAAGAAUUCGGAGAAGAGACAGAAUUGCUUGUCCAAGAUGAUAGGCCAAAUCCAGGAUAAUACUCAACAUUACAUUUUUUAGCUGUUUUUACUUUUACAAUGCAUAUUAUUGGGUAUUUAGGUUAGAAACAAGUGUGGAAGUUUUAGAUUUACAGUGGUGCAAAAGCUUAUUGCAGAAUUCCAUAGAUUUCGUUUUCGUAGAAUUGAGAAAAGUCAGAUGAACGAAUAUUUACGUUUGAUCAUUGACUAUGGUUUGACUGGUUCAAGAAUGGAGAACCUCUCUUUCAACUCCUUUCACUGCACAAUUUUUGUCUUUGGCCUCAAAAGGUCAAACAUUAAAUGACUAAAAUCUUUCGAUUUUGACCCCGCACACUACAGAUUUUUUGUCCUAAAGACAAAAAUUCUCGUCUUUUGCCACAAAAAUCUGCUGUGUGAGCUAGGCUUUGAAUAAAAGGUUGUAGAUCCCUUGUUUGAAUAUGUUGGUAAAGCAUUGCAUAACACAACGUGUAAAUUUCUGCUUUCUCUUUGAGUUCUUUCUUCUUCUAUUUCCGUCAUGCACACGGGCGUUGACGAUGAUGCACUUCUCUAUCUUUAUUCUAGACACAUUUGAAACAGUUUAUUUCUAUUCGCCGUCUUAGUCCACUCUUCGAUGAUGCUCAAAUACGUCUUCUCUUUCUUUCUCUUGCUCUUUUAAAGGCAUUGAGUCAUGGUAAAUAGGCCUUGUCCAUCGGGGUCGUUUAGUUUCAGCGUGAUCGUUGCUGUUUCAUGUGAUACUGGCAUUCGUUGUUGACAACUUGCUAUUGAUGGAAACUGUUUUAUUAAUCAGUACGAGGUGAGUUCAUGUGACCAGUUUGAGGUCAACCAAUAGCAUUGCAGUCAUGAAAAUCGUGACUCAGCGGAUUUUAGCACUUUGGGUAUACCCAAUCCAUUUCAUCAUGACUCAAUGCCUUUAACUUCUACUUACCCAGUUAGCGAUAGAUCUGCAUAACGUAUCCUAAAAAUAACAUUCUCCUGUUUUUGAUUUUCAGUAACAGUUUGCGUUUUAUGCUAGCAGUUUUUAGAAUCCUUUUAUCCGAUUCUUUAUCCGUCAAUGAAAUAUUCAGCAUCCUUCAAACUACACAUUUUCGUUGCCUCUAAACGUUUUUGCAUAACAGAAAAGACACUCACAUCCAGUGCAA